AAUAUGAGGAAAUGAACUGCUGCUUUUAACACUCUUGAACUGUGGAAUAGAGGUGGGGGAACAGCCCUCAGUUAAAGUAAAAGAUGCACACUGCAACAACUUCUCUGAAAAACUGCUUUGCCUCGGUAGAGCCCUGUUUUGGAUGCGGUUGCACAGGUGGCGCACAUUUUAACAUCAGAUGCCAGGCCCUUUAACUGACAUUAUCUCAGCUUGCAAAAUGAGUGAGGUGGCUAUCCUACACACCAGUGAAGCUGCGGAAUGGGCUAGUUAUCUGCAAACCAUAUUUCAAGCAUCGCACAACUUUCCCAAGAACUCUGUGGUCUUGCACCUAGUGGACAGCGAGGCUCCUCAGGAGGACCUAGACCUGAGAGCUCUCUCGGACAGCAAGUGCAUUUUACUCUUACUGUCUGCUGUCUUCCUGGACCUUCUGAGUGAGCCAGUGGUUAAUGAAACGUUCCAGAAACUUCUGUGUCCUCCACACACAGUGGUGGUGUUUUUCUGUGCGGUCUCUGAGGAUGAUGUCGGCUCAGAUAACUUUGAGCACUGGGACAGCUGGAAGAAGCUCCAUGCUGAAGAUGAGCCCAGCUUUUAUGUCUCUACAGUAAUGGAGUCUAUUGCCAAUGCUUCUAAAGAUAUCAGACAAACACAGGAGGAGUACUGGCCUGAGCCCCCAGUGCUCGACGAAGAGUUUCCUCCACCCUGCACAGAGCACGCUGCCCUUCUCUCAGACCCUUCGCCUGAGCCCCCCAUAUAUGAAGAUGAUAUCGUUCUCUCACCACUUGACAAGAGCCAAGACAUUUGCUUCAUCCCCCAGGCCUGUGUCACAGUGCAGCCAGAAAGAAUCCCGUGUGGGGAAAAUGUAACUGUUUACAUCAUCAUGCUGAAUAAGCUGGGCAAUCAGGAAAAUGUUGAGAUGGAAUUUUCAGGUAAAGACACCAGCAAGCGUGUUCCAGGAAAGUUUGUGAAUGAGUAUACCAUCAAUGGUCUGUCACCCGAUAUGCCGGCAGGAGAGGUGACACUCACCCUGUAUUGCAACAAUUCUGUAAUUUGCUCAAAAUGCCUAACAUAUUUCACACCAAUGGAUGAAAUAAACAGCCAACUUGAAAAAGCAACUGAUCCUUUACAGUUCAUGUGUCAGGCAUUUAAUAUCACAUGCAACACCACAGAACCACUUGAUAAUUUGCUAACUGAAUCUCUCAAGUCCCGAAUGCCUGCGAAUGGGCUCCAUGUCUUUGGAAUUAGUCAACUUGAGCAAGAACCUGUCUCAGUUAGUCAAAGAGAUAGAGAGCUCCCAACGCUACUUCACUUUGCAGCAAAAUACGGUCUCAAGAGACUUAUGAUAGUCCUUCUGCAGUGUCCAGGUGCUUUGCAGGCAUACAGUGUGGCAAACAAGCAUGGGGAGUACCCCAAUAACCUAGCAGAAAAGAAUGGCUUCUCUGCCCUAAGGCAAUUUAUGGAUGACUAUGUUGAGACGGCAGACACGACUAACACUGAUGUACAGGAUUCUCCUUCUGAGCCACUGGAUGAGAGUGUGUAUGAGCACAUGACCAAAUCACCUCAGGAGAUGGAGAUGGAUUCUCUCGAGGGUGACAUCUAUGAGUCUAUGAGAGAACUGGGAGAAUGCGCUGAAGACUUAUACGAAGAUAUGGAGACUGCUACAAAAGAAUCACAGAACCAAGAAGAUACUUUGCUGAGAAAGUUUUUCCAAGUGCGAGCAGGGCAGCCUUUGGGCCUGAACUGCAUGACUGAUGGCCAUCAUCCAAAAGAGGGGGAAGGGGAAGCUGACUUCUAUGAAGAGGAAGAGGAAGAGGACCCCUACAAUGCCUGCUUUAACGAACAGAUCUAUGACACAGUGGAGGAUCUGACUUCUCCCGAGAUCAUCAACCGCCCCCCUGCCCCUAUCCCCAGGCCCAUGGGGACGCUGGACAUGCAGGAGAAUAAAACAUACAUCUCACGCGUGUUUUCUGAGAAAGAGUCAACCUACUCCCAAUGCAAUCGCAGAGACAGUGUGCCCCCUCAAGCAGUGCAGCCUAGGAAGGAGAGACUGCUAAGCAGCGCCCACGAUCCCUAUGCCGGGAUGAAGACUCCAGGUCAGAGGCAGCUCAUAGCUCUGCAGGAGAGGGUGAAGGUGGGGUCACUGACUGUGGACGAGGCCGUGCAAGAGUUCAAGGCCUGGAAGUUUGACCAGGACAAACGAUCAUGCUCUGUCCGGUUCCAACAGGACAAUCUUCAGAAGUUGCGUGACAGCAUCACUCGUCGGCAUAAAGAGAAAGGGAAGUCAUCAUUGGAAGAUCUGGAGAUCACGUCGCCAAUGCAGAGGGACCUGCAGUGGAGCAGGGACGUGAGUGUAGAGUGUGCCAUCUAUGACCCCAGUCCACGGACCCCUGCUCCCCCCCCGCCAGUGACCCAAACCAUGCAGAGGGGCACCUGGCAGACUGGGAGCACCUCCAGCAACUCCAGUAGCGAAAGCAACAGGCUGAGCACUCUGAGCACUCUGAGCAGUGGAACAGAAGGGGAAUUUGAGGAUGUUCCAGAUCUAGGCCCCCUCCCUCCACUACCCCCCCGAUAUGGUGACGACCCCCCCCUGCUUCCACCGCCUAGACUCCCCCGUCGCAUUCCGGAAAGGAUUCCAGAGAACAUGCUCCAUGAGCGCUACAUACAGAGCCCCAGUCGCACCCUCACCCAACCGCCUCCUCAGAGACCGAUUCCACCCCCACCCAUACCACGGAGAAUACAUUGAUGACCACCCUUGACACGUAGACACCACUGUCCUGAGGGAUGGCGUUUCUUCCUGAUGUAGUUAAGUGGCCGUGGAUUAGACUGACAUAAGUGGAGGGCUGACUUGGACCAUGGUAGUUUGAAAUGUGGUUGGUCACUCUGAAAAGCAGAUAACUUGUAGAUAUCAUUGAUUUCCCUGUGAUCAUAGCUUUCAACAUUUGAAGGGAUAUACAAGGACUGAUUUUGUUUGUUUGUUGACUGUGCUGUCUUUUUAGAUGGAAUAUUCAGUAGGCCUAAUCCUUUUGUGAACUGAAAAGUUUUCAAUUACUUGAGAACUCCCCCAUUAAGAACAUGGGCUCAAUUCCCCCAUUAAGCACAAGGUCGGUAUGCAGUUCUGUGGUAGCAUCAGUAUCAGCAUACAGUAGACUAUUACGAACACAAGUGAUAUCAUAUUAUACUAUUCACAUUUGAAUCGUGUUUAAACUUAUUAAAACGAAUCAAAGUGCGUAAGUCUACCAUUUCUUAAACAAUUGUUUUAUUUAUUUUUCUGAACUUUACGUGUUUGUAAGCCGUGUAAAAUGUAGUAUGUUAUGCAUUCCUUUGUGAUAUUUGAUGUGUGUGAGUGUGACAGAAUAAAGUGAUAUUAUGAUAACAUA